GUCACCGCCCCCGUCAGCACGCUUGUGGGUCGUGGCAGCGCCUCAGACCGGCACGUAGGAUAAAGUCUACCUGUUUGUACGGAGAACCUGCACGUCCUGUUUUAGGAACACACACACACACACACACACAGAGGCGGACAGUUUGUGUUCAACAGAAGUUCAGUAUGGUGCAGUGGAUCAGCUUUGUGUUUGUCUUGAUGGCGGUCGUGUCCAGAACGGCAGACGGGAAGAGAGACGAAGUCCUCUACUGCUCAGCCUGUAAGGCGAUCGCAGACGAGCUGAAAUACUCCAUCAGCCAGAUCGACCCGAAGAAGACCAUCCACGUCGGAGGCUUCAGGCUGAAUCCUGACGGAAGUCUCACUGAUAAAAAGGUUCCCCUGGCUCGCUCCGAGACUCACCUGUCCGAGCUGCUGGACGGAGUUUGUAACAGCAUGAACGAUUACGCGCUGUACGAGGACCCCGAGACCAAAGAGCAGAGCUACAGGCGAUUUGCUCCGAGGAGCAGCGACGGCGGGAACUUUCCAGAUUUCAACAAUUUUAAGUUCUCCGGACCUGAAGGUUCAAAUUCUUUAAAGUUUGCUUGUGAAACCGUGGUGGAGGAGUUGGAGGACGACAUCAUCGCUCUGUUCGCUCGGGGAGACGAGCACGUGGCCCAGAAGUUGUGUAGCGAAGUGUCAGAUCACUGUAAAAGCUCCAUGUUCCAGCACACUGAUCUGUGAUUUAACCCCAGCACUAAGCCAACACCUCGGACAUCGCGAGUGCUCAGAGCCGAACCGAGCUCCGAGCAGAACCUCAGCAACGGACCAGGUUUUAAAAUAAACAAGCAAAGACCAAGUGUUUUAUAUGGAUCUUUUAAUGUUGUGUUCUAACAAUAUUUUGAUGAAGUAUAAUAAAGUGUUUUAAAUGAA